UUAUUAAAAAGGGGAACUACUCUUACACGCAUCGACGACAUGAAUUUUAAGUGACCUCAAUAAACAACACCAUGAAUAUCUUGCAGAAAAUUCCACGCCUGUUUAUUAAAGCUUCGAAGCAUCAUGCUUGUGUGUCUAGAUCUUUCUACCUAUAUUCACCAGAGCCUUUGCAUCCAAUUUUAGACAAGGUGCCAAAAUGGACAACUGCAGAGGAGGCAGUGGAAGUCAUCGAAUCGGGUCACAGAAUUUAUAUCCAGGGUGGAGCCUCCAGUCCUCUGUCUCUGGUGGAUGCAAUGUGUGCUCAUGGUGAAAAGGCUAAGCUUAAGGAUGUAGAAGUUAUAGAGGCACCCAUCCAGGCCAGGGCUCCUUACACAGAUCCCAAAUAUGAAGGAAUCUUUCGACCCAAUUCCUUUUUCAUAAGUGCUUCAUUAAGGAAUGCAGUAGCAGAGGGAAGGGCUGACACCAUUCCUAUAUUCCUGAGUGAGAUUCCUCUGUUGUUUCGGCGUAGACUUCUUAGUCUGGAUGUAGCUCUGAUAUCACUCAGUCCUCCAGACAAACAUGGAUUCUGUUCGCUUGGGCCAGGCAUAGACUGCACUAGGGCAGCUGUUCAGAAUGCUCAGUUCAUUAUUGGUCUUGUAAAUAAGCAAAUGCCUCGUACAUUUGGGGAUGGACUUGUACAUAGCUCUCACAUUGAUAUAUUGGUGGAGGCUGAUGAACCACUCACAGAAAUAGCACCUACAACUUUGUCCCCAGAAAUAUUGGAGGUGGCCAGAUUGAUUGCUGACAAUCUUGUAGAGGAUGGGGCUACCAUUCAGACAGGUAUUGGUAAUCUACCAGCAGCUGUGCUGCAUAAACUUCAAAACCACAAGGAUCUAGGAAUUCACUCAGAAAUGUUUAGUGAUUCUGUGGUGGAUCUAGUGGAGUGUGGAGCUAUUACUAAUGCUAAAAAGGCUAUUCAAACAGGAAAAAUUGUUAGCUCAUUUGCAAUUGGAUCAAAGAGAUUAUAUGAUUUCAUGGAUGAUAAUUCCUUUGUUGCUAUGUGUGACUGCAGUUUUACGAAUAACCAAUCUGUGAUCUGCCAGAAUCCUCGUGUGACAGCUAUCAAUACCUGCCUGGAAAUCGAUAUCACUGGACAGGUGUGCUCAGAUUCAUUAGGAACCUAUAUGUACUCAGGGUUUGGUGGACAGAUUGAUUUUAUUAGAGGAGCAGCAGUGAGCUUGGAUGGGGAGGGUAAACCAAUCAUUGCCUGUACCUCCACAGUUCAUAGAAAAAACAGUGGUAACAAAGGUGUAGAAGAAUCAAGAAUUGUUACAAAUCUCAAACCAGGUGCUGGCGUUGUAACAACAAGAGCCCAUGUACACUACAUCGUGACUGAAUAUGGCAUUGCAUACCUUUUUGGAAAGAAUCUGAGACAGAGGGCAUAUGAGUUGAUCAAAGUGGCUCAUCCUAAUCACAGAGAGACACUGGAAAAGGCUGCUUAUGAGAGAUUAAAAUGCAUGCCUUCUCCAUAAUGAACCAGACUGUAGACAAGUAUAAAUCUCUACUUGGGGUAUUUAGUCCAAGCAUUUCUGCUUUACAUACAUGUAUAUAUAUGACAGUCUAGUGAAGGGUUGUAUUAUGGUACAUGUAUUGCAUUUUCUGUCUGUGUGUUAACCUAGCUCUUUGUUUCUUAAUUCUUUAUUUCACACUAUGUGGCCCUAAAACCAUCAGAAAUUGCCAGUGGAUGCAUGUAAGGGGGAAGAGUGUGUUUUGAUCCAAAAAUAAUCAUUGUGACAUCAUUUUAGAAAUAUCACUUUUGCUUACUCAAUUGAUGUCAAGAUCUUAUUUUGUACACAGAACACCACUCCUUGUAUGUAGAUACAUUAGGAAGAAGAGGUAAAUAAAACCAUAUAUGAAGCCCCCCCCCCCCCCAAAAAAAAAAAAAAACACACACACACACACAAACACACAUACUUUCUUGUUAUUAUGUAUGUAAACACUGCUAUUUGAUUCUUGAUUGAUGGUGAAUGGUGCAGACUUGAUUUUUUUUUUUUAAAUGUUAUACUGUGUUGCAGCAGUAUUGAACAAGUACCUCUGUAACUGAUAUUCUUUGUACUGUUUGUUUUUUUAACCAUGCGAUUCAAUUUAAUAUAUAGCUUAGCCUUAAUGGUUGUUAAAUGUUUUUUUCAAUAAACAUUUGACAAGAUUUAUAAAUAUAGUUUUAUGGCAUAUUUCUUUUACAGGCAUAGCCUUUUCAAAAUGAUAUGGUAUAUUGUUUAAAUUGUUGACGGAGUCUGACUCUGAAAUUCUGUAUGUUUAUUAUUUAUCCGUAUGUCUAUUAUUUAGCUUGAUUUUACUUUUCUUAUCUAAAAAUUACCUGUGAUGCAAUAUUUCAUGGAUUUUUUUGCACAAUUUAUAAUAGAUAAGCACUUUCAGGGUUUUUGUUUAACAAAGACAUUAGUUUAACACAUGAAUUCAGCUUUAUAUGCUAGUACAUGCAUCAAAAAUUCAUUUUCCGUUUGAAUUGAAGAUCUACAUCAGAUGAAAGAAAACAAGUAUAAAUUUGUGCCAUAUUUCUGUUCAAUGAUAUUGUUAAGUUUAAAUGCAUGACAUACAUUUAUUAAACAGGUAUCAAAUUAA